GCAGUUUGUUCCGCAGCAUCGUUCCCAUCGCAUCGCAUCGCGCGCUACAACCGAGACGUCCGUAGCUGGCCACAGACGAGCGUCGGGAACACAUACAACACUCCUGUGCUGUCCGCCGUCGACUUCGAAAGGCACCCAAACCGCGCUCGCUCUCUCUGUGUGUGAAGCGCAGUAGAAGCGUGCAGUCGACAUUCGAGCAUCCGUUCGGGCAGUGCGUGUGGUACGUGCGGCAGUGCAGUGGGCCGCCGGUAAAAGUGUAUAUCGUUGCUAUGUCGACGAUCGCCUACUAAGGAAAUCGCGUCAAGUGUCAGUAACGCGCGUGUCGGAGGAGCAAACAGCCACGGCGAACGCAAAAAAAAAAAAACGUUUGAAAACGCGUCAGUUGAAGCGAACGAGAACUUUGGUGUGUUGGGCAGGAUUUCUUUGCUAAAACCCGGAAACUUUACGUUCGGAUCUGUGAGCUGUGCCGUGUGUGAGAAGAUAGCCUUGGCGGUGACGGCCUGGCUGAGUAAGGGGCCGCCCAAUAAUCCUGAACGGCCUUGCGUAAAUAGAGAUAGCCGUGCGCGUGCCGGUGCGGUGGAAUUUCGCGUGGUUCAUUUCGUUCCCAAUAAAACUCGUUGACGGCGCUUGACAAAAUACAGCCGCCAUAUCGGCCUACAAAAAAAAAAUGCCAAUUUUGAUAGUGUGAGGAAGAGUGCGGCCAACGCGCACACGUGUAGUUUACGCCAGCUGAUAACGCUUUUGGCGGCAGCCCCCAAACGCACAACUCGUAGGCGGUACGCAACACAGUUCCAAGCCAAAAAGCGUGAAAAAACGCCUGCAUCCCCAACAAACACACACACACACACACACACACACACACACACACACGCAUGUGGCCGAUAGAAAAGUAAAUAUUCACCACCGCUUGGGGAAAUUGCGAUAAGUGAAGGGCGGUGAAGACACGGCACAGAUAUUCGAUUGACCGCAUAUAGAGGCGCGAAAAGUGUAGAAUUAAAUGGGUAGAAAAUAAACACUCCGCGCUGCGUUGUGAUGUGUGAUGUGCGGAUUGGAGCGAGUCACAAUCCUCUGGCCCUGCGCCCGUUGCAGUGAAACCCGCGUGGACGGAAUGCAAUUUUUAUCUAUCUCGUGUGUGUGUUGAAGGGGUUUGUUGAAACUGGAAAAUCAAUUGUGAAAAAAAAUCAGUGAUUGUGAUGGUGUAUUUUUGUUGUCGUUAACAGUGUGCUGGGAAUGAGAUUAAGAUUGUGCGUGUGCGUGAAGUACUUGCCUGGCGAGCAAGAAGAUAUGAGAUACCCGCUCAUUCAGUAACAAAAUUAGUGUGAUCGUGAGUGUUCUAUGUGAUUGUGCAGUGAUGAUUGCCUAAUGAAUGUAAAGAUAGCAGAUUUAAGAAUUUUAUGAAAAGGAGAGCUUCAAAAAAAUAUAUUUGAUCUCCAAACGCUAGACACCAUCGCUUCCUCGACCAACCAAUACCGACAGCCCGAGAACGAUCGUACCCGAGUGGAAAACACAUUGUAUUUUCGCAGCAAAAAACACAGAAAUCUUUAAAUAUUUUAAGAUAAACUCCAUGUCUGCUUUUUUGCAAUAACAUAGUAAAGAAACACAGAAGUGAGGAGCUUACUUUUGCUCGUGCUCGUACCACCUUUUAAAAAAAACCCGGAGGGACAAUGCCGCAACGCACCACGGCCAACGAUUUGCGCGAGCUCGAUGUAGCGCCGGCAAGUGUAACGUUUGAUCAAGCUUCCAGAUGUUGAGAGUCGGAGUCACAAUACGUCCACAACUGUCGGUUCGUCCAAUCUGUACAUUGCGUGGUCGGUGUUUGGUGGGAAUGACAACGGUGUGUCCUCUUCGAAGGUGCUAAAAGGAAGCUCGCUGACGAGGCGGUAGGGUGUGAGAGUUUGGCCAGUUUGUUGUUGCUCUUGUGUGGGGUGUGGCAGGGAAAGCAUUAGGUGAGAAGUAGAGAAACACAAGCUACUUGGGACCGUGAAAUACGUCGCGCGAAACAGUAAUAACUUAACGUUCCGUGAGCCGAAGCGAUCGAAUCGUGUAAUCGCAGCGGUGUCGUGUUUUUUUCCUCCUAUAUCGAGAGGCCAACCGAUACGUCCAGGUGCAUUCGGCGGCAUAGAUAACGCAGCAUUAAGAGUCGGAAUUGGCUCUCGAACGCAACAGUUUGGUUCAUAUAUAGGCCAGGCGUAGUCAGAGAGGUGCUGUGAACGAGAAGAAAGUAAGGCUAGCAGGAGAAGCGCAAGUUGAGGAGGGGUGUCGCAGGGUUGACGUAGACGUAGAGCUUGUUUGGAAGGCAUACGCGGAACCACACGGGCGUGUGGUGCAUCUUGAAUGGUGUCACAGGACCGCUGGACGGAAGCAAUGUCCGACUCCGGGUACGAUUCGCGCACGGACGGCAACGGUGCGGCCAGCUCGUGCAACAACUCGCUGAACCCGCGGACGCCGCCGAACUGCGCCCGUUGCCGCAACCACGGGCUGAAGAUCGGGCUGAAGGGCCACAAGCGGUACUGCAAGUAUCGCGCCUGCCAGUGCGAGAAGUGCUGCCUGACGGCCGAGCGGCAGCGCGUGAUGGCCCUGCAGACGGCGCUGCGGCGCGCCCAGACCCAGGACGAGCAGCGGGCACUGAACGAGGGCGAGGUACCUCCCGAGCCGCCGAGAUCGUUCGAUUGCGACUCCUCUACCGGAUCGAUGGCGUCCGCACCGGGGACCUCCAGCGUGCCACUGACGAUACACCGACGGUCGCCGGGCGUACCGCACCACGUUCCCGAGCCGCAGCAUAUGGGAGCUACUCACUCGUGCGUUUCACCAGAACCUGUAAAUCUCCUACCUGACGACGAGCUAGUGAAGCGAGCCCAGUGGCUGUUGGAGAAACUCGGCUACCCGUGGGAGAUGAUGCCCCUGAUGUACGUCAUACUGAAGAGCGCCGAUGGCGAUGUACAAAAAGCACACCAGCGGAUCGACGAAGGUAAACGACACAUUAAGACCUACGAAGCGCUGGUGAAGUCAUCGCUCGAUCCGAACAGCGACCGGCUGACGGAGGACGACGACGAGGACGAGAACAUCUCGGUGACCCGCACCAACUCCACCAUUCGGUCGAGGUCCAGCUCGCUGUCGCGGUCCCGGUCCUGCUCGCGCCAGGCCGAAACUCCCCGGGCCGACGAUCGGGCCCUGAACCUUGACACCAAAUUCAAACCAUCCGCCAGCAGCAGCAGCACCGGCUGCGAUCGGGACGACGGUGACUGCAGCGCGUUCGACGACAGUGCCUCGGUGGUGCGGGGGCACGGGCGGACGGCCCACAGCACCGGUAGCAGAGGCCGCAGCCACUCGAAACGGUACCACACCCACUCGGCCGAGCACAUCGGGAGCCACAUGGCGGCCGCCCAGAGUCGGUCACCCGCCCCGGACGACGAGCCGGUGGUGUCGGUGUCCGUGUACGAGAGCCUGGUCGAAGCGGCCAGCAAAAAGACGCGCACCUUCAGCCCGCCCCGGGGGGAGGCGGAAGAUUUGCAUGCCGCACGGAAAGCAUCGCCCCACGACGAGCGGGACGAGCCGACCCCGGCCCAGCCCUACGAAGCGUACCUGGAGUCGGUGCGGCGGAGUAAAAAGUGCUUCGCGUUCAAGGACAGCGAGGCGCCGGGCGAGGAGCCGACGGGCUACGAGAAGGAGAAGGAGCCGCGCAUUCCGUACUCACUGCCGAAGAGCACCUUCGAGCGGCUCGAUCUGCUGAAGAAACCGAACGGGCUGACGUUUCCGAUGUACAAGUACAGCGGGAUCGAGCCGAACAACUUUGCCCUGCCGCUGCUGCUGCCCGGGCUGGAGGCGGUCAACCGGACGCUCUACUCGACGCCCUUCCCGGCCCAGCUCCUGCCGUCCAGUCUGUAUCCGUCCGUUAGCAGCGAGUCCACGACAGUGCCCAUGUUCCACACGCACUUUCUCGGGUAUCAGCCGCCGCUGCAGCUGCCCCACGUCGAGCACUUCUAUCGGAAGGAGCAGCAGCAGCAGCAGCAACAACAGCAGCAGCAGCAGGGAUUGGCCGAACCAAAGGAACCGACGUCGUCGUCUUCGCCGGGCAGCAACCGGCUAACGCCACCGAAGGGUGCAUUUUUCUACGCGAGUGCGGUGGAAAAUUCGCUCAACGCCCAGCAGGCUUCCAUUGCUACCAUCCAUUAGAUCCACACUGCGUCCACUCGCUGUUUGCUGCAGCGUACCGCGGACAGUGCAGUGUACCGCUGUACAAAAAGAUCGAUUGGAAUUUCACAUCAAUCAUCUGCAAGCCCGAAAGAUGCUACCUAGUCGUCCCCAGCUGUUGCUACUGGAGCUUUGC